UGUGAUUUCGGGCAAUAUUUGACAAAGGCGCUCAGGAACCAGCUAGUUUUUGGUGUACGGAAUCCAAGAAUACGCAACCGGCUGAUUGAAGAAAGAAAUCUAACACUGGAAAAAGCUAAGCAAAUUGCUUUAGCCAUGGAAGCCGCCGGAGAUGGCGCUGAAGUGCUGAAUAGCAGAAGUGCUGAAGUGCUGAAUAGCAGAGGUGCUGAAGUGAAAGAAGUAAACAUCGUGAGCAACACAACGAAGAAAAACGUCGAGUGUUAUAGAUGUGGAGAAUCACAUUUUGCAUAUGUAUGCAAGCACAAAAGAACCGUCUGCAAAAAGUGCGGGAAAAUUGGACAUUUGCAGCGCGUCUGUCGCACGAACAAUAGAAGCAAAAGUGUGAGGUUAAUUGACGAACAACAUCAAGACAGCGAGGAGAACGAAGAGAUUGCAUAGAAUACUGUGGAUACAGGAUCGACAAGUACGGUAUUCACAAAAUGAAGGAGAAAAUUACUGCCAUUCAACUAAUGCCAAAACCAAGAAACAAAGAUGAGGUAAGAGCUUUUGUAGGCCUUGUGAAUUAUUACGCGAGAUUUAUCCCAAAUUUAAGUGAAAAGAUCUAUCCCAUAAAUAAUUUACUUAAAAACGAAAUUCCUUUCGAAUGGCAUGAAGGUUGCCAGGACGCAUUUGAAUGGAUCAAAAAGGAAAUGCAAUCUGAACGGAUCUUGGUACACUACGAUCCUA